AUGACAACACCAAUUAGUUUAAGUAAACCCAGAGUAGAAUUGAGAUUUAAAUGUUCACAUUUAAAGAAUUUGGGUAAAUAUCAAUAUAAAUCAGAUCCAUUGAUUAUGGUUUUUGACAAAAGAGGUGAACAUGGUGAAUCAAUAUUUGUAGGACAAACUGAAAAAAUUAACAAUAAUUUAAAUCCAGAAUUUAAAAAAUCAGUUAUUAUUGAUUAUCAUUUUGAAAAUAUUCAAAAUCUUAGUUUUAUUGUUGUUGAUAUUGAUAAAGAAAUUAAAAGAGUUGGUGAUUUAGAAGGUAAUGAUAUUAUUGGUCAAUAUACAACAACAUUAGGUAAUAUUAUAUCAAAACCAAAUAAAAAAGUUAUUAGCGAAAUUAAACAUAAAGGUAAAGAAACAGGUGUUAUUGAGAUAACAGCAGAAGAAAUUCGUGAAACUGGUCAUAACUUUUUAUUUAAAAUUAAUGGUACAAAAUUGGAUAAAAAAGAUUUAUUUACAAGUGACCCAUAUUUUAAGAUUUAUAAAACCUCAUCAAGUGGUAAUGUAUUGGUUUAUCAAAGUGUUGUAAUUAAGAAUACAUUAAAUCCAAAUUAUGAACCAGUGAUGAUGAAAUUAGAGGAAUUAAAUAAUGGUGAUAUGUUUAGAGAAUUGGUAUUUGAAUUUUGGGAUCAUGAUUCAGUUGGUGAGCAUGAUUUCAUUGGAUUAUUCACAACCAAUGCCGAUACAGUUUUAAAAGGUAUCACUAGAGAAUUCCCGUUAAUCAAUGCAAAGAAAGCAGCUAAAAAAUCAGGUUCCUAUAAGAAUUCUGGUGUAAUAACAUUUACAGAUUGUAGAUUAGUUGGACAACCAACUUUUAUAGAUUACUUAUCAGGUGGUUGUGAAAUUAAUUUAAUGGUUGCAAUUGAUUGUACUGCAAGUAAUGGUUCACCAUCAACUUCAACUUCAUUACAUUAUCACACACCAAGCCAUCCAAGCCAAUAUGCAAAAUCAAUCUUUUCAGUUGGUUCAGUAUUGGCACCAUAUGAUUCUGAUGGAAAUAUUGAGGUGUUGGGUUUUGGUGGUAUUCAUAGGGGUAGUACAAGUCAUUGUUUCCAAUUUGGUUCAAAAAAAGAAGUACGUGGUGUUGAGGGUGUUUUAUUAACUUAUGGUGAAGUUAUACCAUCAAUGUCAUUAUCUUAUCCAACCAAUUUCAAAGAUAUCAUUUCUUACGCUGCAAAGAAAUCAUUGGAUGGUGUUACUUCAAAAUCUCAAAAAUAUACUAUACUCUUAAUUUUAACCGAUGGUGAAAUCUCUGAUAUGAAUGAAACAGUUCAUGAAAUUGUUAAGGCUUCAAAACAAUCACCUCUCUCUAUAGUUAUCAUUGGUAUUGGUGAAGCUACAUUCGAUAAUAUGAAUAGAUUGGAUGGUGAUGAUGGUAAUUCUUUAACUGAUUCUUCAGGUCAAACUGCAACUCGUGAUAUCGUUCAAUUCGUACCAUUCAAUAAUUUCUCUGCAAAUCCUGAAGCUUUAGCCACUGAAACACUUCGUGAAAUACCUCAACAAUUACUUGGUUUUAUGAACCAAAAUAAUUAUUUACCAAUGAGUCAUAGAUUAAAAUAA